UUAGCCAAGUGCACGUUUUUUUUUAUCCCUCUCGAAAGGGUAUCCACAGUCUCGUCGGCCGGGUUUUAAGUCUCUGUGAGUCGGCGGAGGUGUCUCAGUGGGUUAGUUGACUACUGGUCUCUUGGUCAGCGGACAGCCUGCCGUCCAUCCAAUGUGCGUAAAAGGGCUCAAUUUCCUCACCGUCCUGUCUGGACUCGUAGCUUCAGGCGUGCUGCAGGUCAGCGGGAUGCGUAUAUACACAUCGGGGGACAUGGAGGCGGUCAACGGGACGGAUGUUCGUCUGAAGUGCACAUUCCAGAGUUCCUCCCCCAUCAACCCCAACACCAUAGUCAUCUCCUGGAGCUUCAGGCCAUUUAAACCAGGCCAAGAAGAGUCGGUGUUCCACUACCAGCAGCGACCAUAUCCUCCUCUAGAGGGCAUUUUCAGGAAGCGUAUCGCUUGGGCUGGUGAUGUCAUGGGCCGUGAUGCCUCCAUCAUACUUCAACAGGUCAAGUUCACCUACAAUGGUACUUACAUCUGCCAGGUCAAAAAUCCGCCGGAUGUCCACGGCACGGUUGGUGAGAUUCGACUCCGUGUGGUCACCACAGCUUCUUUCUCAGAACUUCUCCUUCUGGCGUUGGGCAUCGGGGGCGGUAUAGCCGCUGUGGUCAUCCUCCUCAUCAUCAUUUUGUCCUGCAGGAGAUGCAAGAAGAGGACACAGAGACAGAGGGAAGGGAACGAGGAGGCUCCCAGUAAAGACACUAAAGACCCCACCGUGUGGUAAGACCAAGAGAAAGACAAAGGGAGCAGAAGAGAUGGCUAGAGAGAGGAACAGAGGAAUCACACACCUUCUCUCUCGCUCUCCAUCUAACUCUGGGGAUCAGGCUUGUGGUGCUCCUUCUUGGGGCCUGGGGCUCUUUCCCUACUGGACACUUCACUUUCUACUUCCUCUCCAAUUGCAGUCUUUGAAUCCGAGAUCUGGACCAGUUGAUGGGCAGCUGUCCUUAACCAGACAUAAAUUGAGAAUGUGCCUUCGUGUAGAAAGCUGUAGAUGCAGAACUUUAGCCAGACUGCUGUGUUUCUUUUACAUCACUAUGUGCCUUUUCAUUUCUUGAGAGAGAACUGUUAUCGGUUCAUCUUUUCCUGUCCAGCUAAACGGGCGUCCAAACAAAUUUCCUGUUUAGAGUAAAUGUUUAGAACAAUGGUGUAUUCCUGCUGUUUAUUUUCAGACUAAUACAUUUCAAACAACCAACAUACCAACAUAGACAAAGCACUUGUUUAAUAUAUUAUUUCAGAAAACGACAGAAACCCUAGAACAAUGAAUAAACAGUUUCCUAGCUUCUACUGAAAUUCAGUUUCUAUUACCAGAUGAUGGGAAACAUGAAACCCUGUAUUUACAGUAUCAGCUGCCUAAUGUGGUUCUUCUGAAUCCAGGACGAUGCUGUUGUACAUUCCUGUUUUUGUUUUCGCGAAGUUAUAUCGCUCUAUUUGCCUGACAUUCUGUGGUGUUAUUAGCCUGAUGCUGAAAUAAUCAAAAACUGAUGGAGAGCACUUGUUGGAAACAAACAUUUCAUAUAGCACUUUUGUAAAAAUCUUUUACUAGCACUUAAUUAAUAGCAGUAUCAAUUCUAAAUUUCAUAAACAAAGUAGCAAAUUGUUGUUUUUUUUUAUCAAGCAGUCGCCUCUCGGGUGGCCGAAUGCAUCUUUUUUCUGGGCACAUGACUUGUUUCUCUCUUGAUGUUUGUUUCUCUCUUGGGUUUUCAGAUCUCUAUUGCAGAGAGACUCUGUUACUUGUUAGAGUCAAAAUUGGGUUGCAAUAACUCACUGCAUGCACCACAUUUUCAUUCAGACUUCAAACUGAAUCUUUCAUUGAAAAACCUGGCAAAGGAAAGAAAUCCUUUCACCAAAAUCAGAUGCAGACAUGUAAACAGUGAUUUUGAUCCAACCUUUACUCUGAACUUUGGACGAUUUAACACUGUGUGAGGCUAACCCUUUGACCCCGUUGCUGUGUUUGCGUUCAUCUCCAGUGUGUGCAACUUAUGCACAUGCAUGUACAUAAAUAAUUCACGAGUGUGUCAUGCAUGAAUUCAUUUGUGUGUGUUGCUCUUACCUCCCCCUGGUAAGAGGGGCAUGUCUCCCUGUUCCCUAAGUGAAGAAAGUUGAGUUUGAAAGUUUCCGAAUAAGAACAAAGAGAUUAGAGUGAUGCGUUUCAUGAAGAUCAAGGCUUUGAAACAGGAUCAAAGUAUAGUAACUUUACUUUCGAGAGAGUCCAGAAAUAUUCAUAUGAGGAGCGAAAUGCUGGAUUAAACCAGCAGCGCUUCAGAUGUGUGGCGCACUGCAGUCCUGGAGCUAGUUUGGCUUUUUUCCUAAAGGGAAGGGGGUUGUGUUCAAUAACUGUCCGUUGUUUUAGUGAUGGAUCUUGUUAAGUGUGGGAUGUCAAUACCAAAAUCAGCCCCAAACUAAAGUAGUAAGAAUGACGGUGUUUUCUGCCAUAAUGAGACAUAAUAAGAACAAGGAGGAUCUGUUGGAUCGUCCUUCCUAUUAUAGUUUUACAAUUCAGAGUCAUUGGGGAUCUUGUAUUUCAGUCAGUUAUGGACGCAACCAUGGUACCUGCCAGUCUCAGAGAACUUGUUAAAAGCAUGUUUUUCCUGUAGGCUGAGGGGCUUGUCACAUCAGAUUACUUGGAUAAAAAAGCUUGAAUGUGUUGUUACUGCAAUAUUGUCUGAAAGCCAAAUACAGGAUCAGUGAGCGAGCAACCGCAUGCACGCACCUGUCCUGAGUGUUGUGUGGGAGCGGACAGUCAGAUCUGAAACCUUUGAUUGAAAAAAUGUCCUUGAGAGCCUGUUUUCACUCCAUGCGUCUGUGAAUGCAUCACGUCUACUAAUGAAUGACUGUAAUACCUUUUUUCCUUUUCAUGACAGAGUUGUGUAUUUGUGAUGUAAUACUGAGUAACUUGUUUAUAGAUUUGUCUUUUUUGUGUGUGAGUGUUAUUUUAGAAAAUGCAAGAAGUAUUUUGUCAUGUUGUUUAAAAUGUCGCUGCACGUGUUUGUUAUAGAGCUUUUAUAAGAACCGUUUUCUAAUAAAAAUGCCUUUGACCA